AUGCGGAACAACAACACAAUAAAGAAUAAUACAAGAAAAAGAGAGGCAAUCUCCAACGACAUCGCUUCAAUCAACUCUGACUGCAGAUCCGCAAAACACUACCGCUCCGCACAUAACCUCUCCCCGACACUGCAAACAGUGGACGCGAUUCUUCCGCUUCCAGCUUCAAUUCUCCUCAAGCCUGAUCUUCACCCCCUCAACGUCGGCCGCGCUACGCAGCCUUUUGUUCAGCAUAGCCCCAAAAUCGAACCAACACCGAUCUGCACCGCUUUCGACGUUACCACCAUGACAACUGCUAGCACCCCACUCCUGACGAGUCUGUUUGCGAGCUUCACACAACUGUGA